CCUCACUACUUAUUACUUACCAACAAUAAAAGUAAGGGUGCAUGCGUACUUAACUCUUUUGUACAAACAAGAAAAAGUAUGGCACCUUCAACAUUAACAGCUUUGGCUGAUGAAAAAACUCUUCAAACAAGUUUCAUAAGGGAUGAAGAAGAGCGUCCUAAAGUGGCUUACAACAAAUUCAGCGAUGAGAUUCCAGUCAUAUCAUUGAAGGGUAUUGAUGAGAUUAAUGGAAGAAGAGGUGAAAUAUGUGAAAACAUUGUUAAAGCAUGUGAAGAUUGGGGCGUUUUUCAGGUAGUUGAUCAUGGGGUUGAUGAUCAAUUAAUAUCACAAAUGACUAAAUUUGCUAAGGAAUUCUUCGCCUUGCCUCCUGAGGAGAAGCUUCGGUUUGACAUGUCUGGUGGCAAGAAAGGUGGUUUCAUUGUCUCUAGCCAUCUACAGGGUGAAGUAGUCCAAGAUUGGCGUGAAAUUGUGACCUACUUCUCAUACCCAAUUCGUGCUAGAGACUACUCUAGAUGGCCAGACAAACCACAAGGAUGGAUAGCUGUAACUGAAAAGUACAGUGAAAAGUUAAUGGAGUUGGCUUGCAAAUUAUUAGAAGUAUUAUCAGAGGCAAUGGGCUUAGAUAAGGAGGCCUUAACCAAGGCAUGUGUGGAUAUGGACCAAAAAGUGGUUGUCAAUUUUUACCCAAAGUGUCCACAGCCUGACCUUACACUUGGGCUCAAACGACACACUGAUCCAGGAACCAUCACCCUCUUGUUACAAGACCAAGUUGGUGGCCUUCAAGCCACUAAAGAUAAUGGCAAAACUUGGAUCACUGUUCAGCCCGUUGAAGGGGCUUUUGUUGUUAAUCUUGGUGAUCAUGGUCACUAUUUGAGCAAUGGGAGGUUCAAGAACGCUGAUCAUCAAGCAGUGGUGAACUCGAAUAGCAGCAGAUUAUCUAUAGCCACUUUCCAGAAUCCAGCACCGGAGGCAAUAGUGUAUCCGUUAAAAAUUAGGGAAGAAGAGAAGGCAAUAAUGGAUGAGCCCAUAACAUUUGCAGAAAUGUACAGAAGGAAAAUGAGUAAGGAUCUUGAGCUUGCUAGGCUCAAGAAGCUGGCCAAGCAACAACAGAUACAAGCUGAAGAGGCUGCUGAAAAAGUCCAAUUGGAGUCCAAGCCCAUUGAGGAAAUUCUUGCUUAAGCUUUUACAAUUUUAGCACAUAUAUUGGGUGUUGAAAAAAAGAUGCUACUCGUGUAAUUUCUUUUAUCACUGUUGUGAUCUUGAAUAACGAUAAAUCAUGUUCUUGUGAA